AGCAAAAAGAAUCGGCAUCCAGCGAAGCCAUGGGAUCUCUGUUAACGCGCUUGCUGUGGCUUUGCAGCGCGGCCGGCGCGGUGCAGCUGACAGAGAGGAGCUGGCAACAGGUGGCAGGGAAGACUGUCUUCGUGAACUUCCACGCGCAGUGGUGCUCCCACUGCCAAGCACUGAAACCCACCUGGAACAAGCUGGCCAACGCCCAGUUCCGCUUCCAGGAUGCGAGGAAGGAGAAGGCCAUCCUCAUUGCUGACGUAGACUGCUCAGGUGAUGCCGCCAAGUUCUGCGUUGACAUGGGCGUGGACAAGUUUCCAACCCUGAAGCACGGGCAUCCCCUGGAUCUUGAUGAGUACAAGGGCAAGAAGGAGCUCAGGGAUCUGGAGCGGUUCCUGCAAGAGCUACAGCCAGCGUCUCGCCAAGACAUAGUCUGUACCGUAGAGGAGCAGUCCUUCUGUUCAGCGGCUGAGAAGAAGCUGAUCAAGAAGUUCCAGAAGACUAGCGUCCCUGCACUGGAGGAGGUGAUCGAAGAGCUAGCGGCUGAAAAGCGCAAGG